AUGGGGGAGCCUGGAGAAAAGGGCACCAAAGGAGACAGAGGUGAAAAUGGUCAAAAGGGAGAACCAGGAAUUGGGUUCAGAGGUCCCAUUGGUCAGGCUGGGCCACCUGGAUUUAAGGGUGAGCCAGGGGCCCCAGGACCUCCAGGAGCCCAAGGCAUCCAGGGCAUUCGCGGCAACGCUGGCACCCCCGGGUCACAGGGGGACAGAGGGGCUCCAGGUCUGCCCGGGAUGCCAGGACAGAAGGGUGACGAGGGCAUCGUGGGAGUCCGGGGCCCCACUGGCACAAUGGGUGAACCCAUGACUAUUUUUGGACCUCAGGGCUAUAAAGGCAGUAAAGGAGAUCCUGGUGAACAGGGCCCGCCAGGUUUUGAUGGAGACAAAGGUGAGAAGGGAGAGGAUGGCCCUGUAGGAGAAAAGGGUGCGGCAGGUCUCAAUGGGAAGAAUGGAAACAAGGGGGCCAAAGGCGACAGAGGUCUUCAAGGGCAGAAGGGGAAGCCGGGAGGGAAAGGUGAUCCUGGGACCACUGGCGACAUUGGGCAGAAAGGAACAAAGGUAGGAAAUGGGGCUUACGAGGGCUCCCAGGACGCAUCGGUGCUCCCGGAGCUGAGGGCAUCAAGGGAGAAAUUGGCAGUCCUGGAAAACCAGGAAUCCCAGGACUGGAUGGACCAUAUGGACCAAAGGGUGAACAGGGAGCAUCAGGAGACGAUGGUGCCUCGGGGAUUCCUGGGGAGAAAGGAGAAAAGGGAGCCAAGGGAGUUCCUGGCUUGGGAGGCUUCAAAGGACAAAUGGGAUGGCCUGGGAAGACUGGAGUCGCUGGACCAGAUGGGCCUCAAGGGCCACAGGGUGAACCAGGGCCACAG